UACUAAAAAUUAGUUAUCUUAAUUAUUUUCCGAUUGAUAUAAUAACUUUAAAUUAUGAUUAAAUAUUUGAAGCGUUAUUGCACUAUAAUUCUAUAGUUAAAUUAACUUAAUUUUUCUCUGAGUGUACGUACGAUUCGAUAUUCGAAUAUGCAACUGCAAUAGACCAAAUAAUGUCGAACUUUUAUCACGAUGAUUGCUGCAACAAUAAAUCUACUUCGUUGCCUAUCCGUCGUAACAGCUACUAUGAUAAAGAUCAUUGAGUUCGACAUCGGGGUCAUCUACGUAACCAAUAUUUCUUGUAUAAAAAAGCCAAUUUUUACUGAUCAGUACACAGAAUCUUCCAGUCUUAGCAAAACAAUAUUGUCCAGAUUGAAAAAAAUAGAAAAUGUCGAUGAAAGUCUUAUUGUUCGCUAUGCUCUUAAUUUUGGGCCUUAUUUGUGCCAGUGCAGAAGAAGGAUGUCAAGACAAAUGGAUGGAGCGAAUUGGACAAAAAUUUUUUGGCAACCCUGUAUACGCUAACCUGACUACAACCUAUUGCACCUACUGUUAUUGAAUUGCUCUCAUAUUAUAAACACGUGCCUAUAAAGUGUAAUGCAAGUGAACGAUGUAACUAUUGUAAUAUAGAAAUUUUUAAUAAUUAAAUAAUUUAAUUACAUUAUUUGAUUAGAAAAAGUUGAAUGUCAUUUGAGUGAGUCUCAAGUAUUAUAAAAAUAUUUUAUUUGUAACCUAUAUAAAUAAUAGCCGGUACAACGGACUGAAAAUUUUUUGUGUAUAUUAUACAUCGAGUCUCGUUGUGAGACCUAUUAGUGUCUCUCACAUUAAUGAGAGUUGAAUUGCAAAAAAGAAAAUGAAUAGAUUUGUUAUUCAACAUUAAUUUCGUGUGUGAUAAAUUUAACGUGUAAUAAAAAAAAUUAUUUAUUUGUUGUGAGUUAUAAGUAACAAAAUUUAAAUUGAACAUGAAGCGAGGCCCAUACAAAUCGUACCUGGAGCCCGGUGGUGAUGGCAUUAUGCCUCGAUCAACAUUCUACGACACAUUAAAAAAGUUUCGGUGUGAUGCUAUAGAUGGAGAUAAUCAAACUAUAAGUCAACACGUUGGUGAUGAUGAUACGCAUGCGACCGCACCACAGCCUCACAACGCAAACGUCACAAAUGACAAUUUUUCUUCAAUUAAAUCUACGACUGAAACUGAUACUCCUCUUAUCAAUCAGCAAACGUCAACUUCCAUACAUUCUGAAUUUAAUUUUUGGCUUGAUGAAGAUGACGAUGAAGAAUCUUUAAGUAGAGAAAUCUGGUUUGACGCCGAAGAUUCAUCAUUUGCAGAAGAUUUCCACAUGAAUGAUAGCGACACUAAUCAGACUUCUUUUGAACGUACUGCUGAUGAUGCGUACAGUAAACCGCUCUGUUCUUGUACAUCGAUUACCCGUGGAGAAGUAUUGAUGAUGAUACUACUGCUUGGUGCUCAGGAGUCGUUAACAUGGAAGACAAUAACAAGUAUUUUGUCCAUGAUCAAUUCAAUAUUUGGAGAUAAUGUCGUUCCAUCGACAAAAUUUAAACUAUUUCAAGAGUUACAAUUGGAAGAGUCUAAUUCCUCUCGUCAUUUGUACUGUAAUAAAUGUUUUUUCUACUUUGGUGUUCAUUCUACUUCAAGGAGUGAAGAGUAUAUUUGUCCAAUAUGUAAAGAAAAGUUCAGCCCAUCAAAUGUACCAUUUUUUUUAACUUUGAAUUUUUCUAAUCAAUUGAAACAAAUACUUGAGAGACCUGAAGUUCAAGAAGAGCUAUUGAAUCAAAAUGAACGUGAUGUUGAUGACGAGGAAAAUGUAAUAAAAAACAUAACUGAUGGAAAAAUUUAUAAACAGUUAUCGCAGUCGGGACCGAUGAAUGUUUUAUCUGAUAAAUACAAUUUAUCCUAUACUUUCAAUACAGAUGGCUGUCAAGCAGCAAAAUCUAGUAAACUCUCAAUUUGGCCAAUUUACGCAUCAAUAAAUGAAUUGUCACCAAAAUUAAAAUCAAAAUAUUUGAUAAUGACUGGUCUUUGGGUAGAUAAAGUUGAGCCUGAUAUGAACCUAUUCUUGAAACCAUUUGUGGAUGAAGCUAAUGAUUUGUCUAGUAAAGGUUUGAGGUGGAAGUUAGGUGAAGAAACUAUAACUAGUAAAUUUAUUCCACUUUGCGCCUGUUUUGAUUCAGUAGCUCGAUGUAAAGUACUGAAUAUGAAGCAGUACAAUGGUAAAUAUGGGUGCACUUUUUGUGAACACCCUACGAAAUGUAUUGAAAAAUUUUGUAAAUAUCCAAUGCUUACGGAUGUACCAACAGAAAGAACAGAUGAAUCUGUAAAAAACCAAAUGGUAUUGGCGAGUGCAAAAGAGUACGGUGAGGAUGUAAAAGGUGUUUUGGGUCCUUCACAAUUAAUGAAUCUCGACUACUUUGACUUAGUUGGCGGAAUGUCUCCUGAUUAUUUGCACUCAGUGUUACUUGGAGUUGUAAAACAACACACAGAAUUAUUAUUAUGUUCAUUUGGAAAACCAUAUUACAUAGGAAAUCCUAACCAAUUGGCAGCGAUAAAUGAAAUUUUAUUGAAGUUUAAACACCCGUCAUCAAUAUCACGAUCACCUCGAGAUAUAACUGAAAGAAACAUGUGGAAAGCUACGGAAUGGCGUUCUUGGUUAAUAUUUUACUCAUUACCGUGCUUAAAAAAACUACUUCCGCAUAAAUACUUGGAUCACUUGGCGUUAUUAGUCGAAGGUAUUACCAUUCUAUUGGAAGAAAAAAUUUCAAGUCAUAUGCUGGAAACUGCAGAUAAGCUACUGAUCCGAUAUAUUUGUUACUAUGAAGAAUAUUUUGGUGAAGAGAAAAUGACUUAUAAUAUACAUUUGCUUUUACACAUGGCAAAAAGUGUAGUUAACCUAGGUCCAUUAUGGGCCCACAAUACUUUUCCUUUUGAAAAUGAAAAUCACUUCAUUUUGAAAUUGAAAAAAAGUCCAAAUCACGUAUGUUUGCAAAUUGCAAGAAAAUAUUUAUUUCACAAAUCAAUUCCAGUUUUAAGUGACCGGUUUGAACUGGGUAAUGAAUUUCAGAAAUUUUGUGAACGAAACUUGACAGGUAGACUUAAACAUAUAUUCAAAAUUGAUGACUGCGUUUUAGUAGGGAAAGGUAGAAAAUAUAACUUAAGUGACUUGGAAUCAAAAGCAAUCGGUUUUACGCCUACAAAAUGCAAAGUAUAUAACAGAUUCAUUCAUAAAGGAAACCGUUAUACUUCUCAGAACUAUCGAUUAUGUCAAAAAAUAAAUGACACCAUAAUAAUAUUGAAAAAUGGUACAAACGGAAUUAUUAGUAAUAUUUGUUCCAUUGAGAAUAUGGUCGGAGAAGAAGAAAUUAUUAUAUUUUAUAAAGAAAUCAAACACACAGGAAAAUAUUUUCACUCUACCAAAUAUGUAACAGUUCAUCACAUUUAUGAAUGUCAAAUUACUAAUAACUUAUGUGUUUGUAAACCUAAUUCAAUAAUACGACCAGGAAUUAUACAAAGAAUCGAUGAAACUUGUUAUAUAAUAAAUAUUCCCAAAGGAUGUUACGGCGACUGAAAAAAAAAAGCUGUAUCCUAUUCUUUAACAGGAGAAAUCCAAAACUCUUGUGACAGAACGAAAGAAAUGAUUUUUUUCGAUUAUCAUUAUGAGUGAAGAAGAAUUGGAUUCAGUCGAGGGUCAACCACUCUUAAUUUCGGUGCAGCGAAAGUUUUUGUGACAAUUUUUAUUCAUCAUACUAAUAUUAUUAAUAAAUCUGUUAUUGUCAUUUUUUGUAACAUCGUACAGAAUUUUUUUUUUUUGCUUAAAAUUUUGGUGUAGAUAAUUAAUAAUAAUUUGUUAUUAUUGAGUUGUUAAAUUUGAAGAUCUGUCACAAAGUUUAAAAUUUAAACAAAACAUUUUGAUAGUAAAAAUGUAUUGUAAUUCUAUGUCAUUGGAAAAAAUCAUUUCUGAAA